AUGACACCCAAUGGAAAUGGAGCUACGCGCUACGAACACGCUCACGUAACGCCCGGGGGAGAAGAUCUGGCGACGGGAAGCGCGCGGAAGUCCGGCGCACUGCCUUGCGAGCUGACCGGUGUGAACCGCAUCUCUUCGCGACGAGCUUUCUCCUUGGGCAUUUGGACAAUUUUAGCAGUGCAUCUUCUGAACACCAACAGUGAGACGCUACAGAUGCCGCAUGCUAGGUUUCGAGAUGGAGGCCCCUAG